GUUGUAAUGAGAAAUUGGUGGGGGAGUAUUCAGCAAGUGUUUUUUUGGAAGAUAAAAUUCUGAUUUUAAAUUUUCUUUCUCUGGGGUAUAUGGGCCUUGUGAUAGAAAGAGGAGGAAAGAACUAUGGAAAGAACUUGGGGCAGUUGCAGGUUUAGAAGAUUGGCCUUGGGUAGUUGGAGGCGAUUUUAAUAUCACAAGGUUUGAGGAUGAAAGAACUGGAAGGGCAAAAAAUACUAGGGCUAUGAGAGAUUUCUCAAGGUUCAUUGAUGAUAUGGAGCUAAUUGAUCUUCCUUUACAUGGUGGGCAGUACACAUGGUUCAGAGGCAAUAAUAAACAUUCAGCCUCAAGAAUAGAUAGAUUUUAAUUUCAAGUCAAUAGGAUAAUUCCUUCAAAGCUAUUAAACAAACCGUGCUACCUAGGGUGGAAUCAGACCAUUGUCCAAUACUAUUGGAGUGUGGGGAAUGGGAGAGAAGUAAAGGGUAUUUCAAGUUCGAAAAUAUGUGGUUUGAACAUGUUAAUUUUAUAAGCACGGUGUAGAAAUGGUGGAAUUCGUAUGAUUUUCAAGGAAGACCAGAUGUGGUUCUAGCAAAAAAGCUUAGAAAGUUAAAAGAAGAUUUAAAGAAGUGGAACAAAGAAACUUUUGGGCACCUGGGAACAAGAAAAGACCAGAUCUUGCAUCAAUUGGAGAUGGAGCAACAAAAUGAUAAUCAUGAUAGUAACACAGAGGUAGAAGAACCUGCUAAAAAUGCAUGAAUAAAUGAGUUGCAUCACAUAGCUAAGGUAGAAGAGAUACAGUGGAGGCAAAAAUCCAGAUUUUUAUGGAUUAAGCAAGGGGAUAAGAACACCAAUUUUUUUCACAAAAUAGCAAAUUCAAAUAGGAGAUAUAAUUGGAUUGAUAAGCUAGAAAUAGAUGGGGACUUCACAGAUGACAAAAAUUUGAUUAGAAACCACAUACUUGAGUUCUAUAAAGAUCUUUUUUCAGAAAAAGAGAGCCGGAGACCUUCAUGGAAUUGUUCGGAACUUGCUAGCAUCAGUGACCAAGAGAAAGAGUGGUUGGAGAGACCUUUUGAUGAAAUAGAGUUAACAAGAGUAGUUAAAAUGGUAGAAGGGGAUAAGGCUCCUGGUCCAGAUGGCUUUAAUAUGUGUUUCUUCAAAAGAUGCUGGCAUAUUGUGAAAGAAGAUGUUCUGAAGACAUUUGAGGUGUUUCACAGAGAAGGAGAAUUUGUCAGAAAUUUUAACUCAACCUUCAUUGCUUUGAUGCCAAAGAAGAAAGGGGCUGCCAACAUCAAGGAAUUCAGACCUAUUAGUUUGCUUGGGAGUAUAUACAAGUUGAUAGCUAAAGUCCUUACUGAGAGAGUGAAGUUGGUGAUUAACAAGUUGGUCUCUGAGAAUCAGAAUGCCUUUUUGAAAGGUAGACAAAUUGCAGAUGCAUCACUGUUGGCAAAUGAAUGUAUAGACUACUACUGGAAAAGAAAAUUGCCUGGUGUGGUGUUCAAAUUGGACUUAGAAAAAGCCUAUGAUCAUGUCAAUUGGCCUUGUCUGCUGAAGUUGCUGGAAAAGAUGAAUUUUGGGGGUAAGUGGAUUCAAUGGAUAAAAUUUUGUGUCUCCACUACAAAGUUCUCAAUACUAAUCAAUGGUAGUCCAGUAGGUUAUUUUAGUUCUCGAAGAGGUUUAAGGCAAGGAGACCCUCUGUCUUCCUACUUGUUUCUUCUAGUAAUGGAGGUGUUGAGUCAGAUGAUUAAAACUGCUGUGAGAAGUGGAUGGAUAAAAGGCUUUAAAAUGAAGGGUCAUUCAAGAAAUAGUAUAGAAAUUUCUCAUAGUCUUUAUGCUGAUGAUACCUUGUUGAUGUGUGAGGCUGAUAGAAAUCAAGUGUUGCACUUGAGGGUGGUUCUGCUGGCAUUUGAAGCUGUGACGGGAUUAAAAAUAAACCUGGCCAAGAGUUCAAUGUUUUCUUUGAAUGUUGACAGUGAUAUUAAUACGUUAACUGAUAUCAUGGGUUGCAAGGUUGAAAAGUUUCCUACUACCUAUUUGGGAUUGCCUUUUGGUGCAAAUUCAAGGACAAAUCAGUGUGGAAUGGUGUAAUUGACAAGUGUGAAAAAAAGUUGGCUCCUUGGAAGCAGCAAUACUUAUCACUUGGGGGCAGAUUGACAAUAGUAAACAGUGUUCUUAAUGGAAUACCAACCUAUCUAAUGUCUCUAAUUCCUAUACCAGCUAGUGGGGAGAAGAAAAUUGAUAAAAUUAGGAAGAAAUUUUUGUGGGAAGGUGAUACAGAAAGGAGAAAAUAUCAUUUAGUAAAGUGGAGCAUUGUGACAAAACAUAAGAAAGAAGGGGGUCUGGGAGUUAGAAAUCUUAGAGCUCACAAUCAAAGCUUGCUAUGCAAAUGGCUAUGGAGGUUAAACGAUGGGAUAAAAGCUCCCUGGAAAGCAGUGGUGGAGGUGAUAUAUGGAAAAGAGGGUUUCUUUGCACCUAAAAAAGUAAAAACUCCGUAUGGGGUAGCUGUUUGGAGACAGAUUUGUAACCUAUGGGAGAAAUUUAACAUGUAUGUUGGCUUGAGGGUGGGCAACGGGAAAAAAAUCAGACUUUGGGAAGAUAAUUGGGAUGGUUCUGGUCUGCUGAAAAUUCAAUUUCCCAACCUGUACAGAUUGGCCAAUAAUCCAAAAAUCCUCUUAGUUGAUAUAUUUACUGAUACAGGUUGGGACUUCCAGUUUAGAAGGAAUCUCUUCGACAGAGAAAUGCAUGAGGUUGAUAUAUUUAUUGAGAAGAUACAAUCAGUGGUGUUAUCGCCAGAAAAAGAAGACAGCCUACUCUGGAAAGCUAAUAAAAAAGGUUUUUUUACUGUUAGUUCACUCUACAAAAUACUAAAUGCUACCCAGCCGGUGCAAGCACAAAAGUGGCCUUGGAAGAUGGUUUGGAAGACUACAGUCCCAACAAAAGUAGCAUGUUUUGGUUGGCUAGUAGCACAUGAAGCAUGUCUGACUCAAGAAAAUUUGAUGAGAAGGGGUUGGAUAAUGUGCAGCAGGUGUUACUUGUGUGAGAAAGCUUGUGAAUCCGUGGACCAUCUUUUUUUGCAUUGUGAAUUUACUUGGCAGGUGUGGUCCAUGUUCACGGCUAACUUUGGCAUCCUUUGGGCAAGUCCUAAGAAAUUCAGGAAUAUAUUAGAGUGUUGGGAACCUGCAUGUCCAGAAGCAUCCUUAAAGAAGUUUUGGAGAGAUAUUCCUCUUAGCAUAGCUUGGACGAUAUGGAAAGAAAGAAAUAAUAGGUGUUUUGAAGGCAAGAAGGAGCAGCUGCAAUAUGUAAAAUACAGUUGUUUACAUUAUUUGUACUAUUGGAAAGAUGGAAAUGUUAUGAAUUUUCAUGAUAUGCUGGACAUGCUAGAACGCUUAGGAUUUUAAUGUUUUUAAGCCAGCAGUAUCCUUGUAUUUUUACGGUAUCAGCUUGAUACUGUUUUUAAUAAAAUCUUCACCUUAUCAAAAAAAAGUAUCUCCUUAUAUACGUGUCGCUAGAAGUUUCCACAAACCCUACGUGUGAAUUUGAUUUCAUUACAGCUGUCUGACAACUUGCUUUUUUCAAUUCAAAGAGUAUACCUUAUGUUUCUACCGUCUUCUUCUUGCUCUCAAGAUCUGUUGUUUUUGUUCUUUCUGCAAUUAAUUUUGCACAUAUGUUCUUUUUCCUUAAUUCUUUUCCUUUUGAGUUCUCUCCAUCCAUUUUAGUUUUGCUAUUCAAUGGUUGUAGAAUCCAUUCAUUUUCAACCUCAAAUUUCAUCUUUUGUAUCUCCCUUUAUCUCUCUUUUUUCCCUUUUACCAGAAGCUUAAUAGUUUCCAUUGUUGAUCUUCUCUUUUUUAGAGCCUAAAUGCUUCUCUAUCUCAGCCCGAUACUAGCACCGAUCUGGCUGAUAAGCCUACUUAAGAAGAAGAAAAUUUUGGGUAUAGCCUUACAUUGCUUAAUAAAGUUUGGAGUUCUUUAUCUUCUUCGGUUCUCUUCCAGUGUUCCUUUUCUUCAAUUUCAUCUCCUCUGUUCUGCUCUUUCAUGGCUUUGUCACGGUAAACUACUGCUGAUUUUGUUUAUCUGUGUCUGAAUAACAGGAACGAGAUUCGAGUUUUUGCACCAUCUACAUAAAGGCUUCAAUUAUUGGGUUUUAGCUCAGAUCGCAGGAUUUGUGUUUUGAGCAGCCAUGGCUGCCAUCGUCUCUCCCCAGCUUCCAGCUGUGGGAGAGCCCAAUCCAAAUCGUAGUGAGCAUAUCCCCAACAACAAGAUUCAACAAACUUACGCCUCUCAAUUACUUACAAAUAAUUCUGCUUCAAUCUCCACAAAACUGGUCUUAAAACCUGUCCAAAUUGUUCAUGGGGAACCUACAAUUCAAUUCACAAUGGAGGAAAGACAAACUUUUGCUGUUGAAGAAGGAUUGCAUCAAGCAGUUGUGCUGAAGUUAUCUCCAAGAGCGCCAGAUUUGCAGGUUCUAAGAAGCUUACUGCCAAAAAUACUAAGCAUAAAAGGCCAUUGCUUGAUUGGUCAUCUUGCCCCACGUCAACUACUGUUAAGAUUGGAUCAACCAGAGGAUUUUGUCAACGCACUAGCCCGAGCAGUAAAUUCUUUUUCGCACAGUGGCGAACAACAUCAGUAUAGGGUCUUCCCUUGGACAGUUGGAUACAAUCCUAAGGAAGAAACAUCAAAGGCUGCAGUUUGGAUUUCAUUACCAAACUUGUCUCCAGAAUUAUUUGCUCGACAAUCACUGUUGUCAAUAGCUAAUGCAGUGGGUAAACCAAUCGCUAUCGACAAAGCAACACAGGUGAAAUCUCGACCUAGCACUGCUAGAGUUAAGGUUAUUCUCGAUCUCUUAGACAAACUGCCAACGCGUAUACGUUUGCAGUAUGUUGAUAAUGCAUCUGGAAAGAUUGUCGAGGUGUUUCAAGAAGUAAUAUAUGAUAACCUCCCGGGUUAUUGUAUCUAUUGUAAACGACAAGGCCACAUAGAGGAAAUGUGUCGACUGCUUUUAAAGAAUAAGAUCGACGACGCCGAAAAUUUGGUCGAUGACAUGUCCAGUGUUGAUAAAUUAAAAAGAGAUGCCAGGGACUUCCUUAAUGCCAAAAGAUCUGGCCAGUCGGUGGACGAUGUUGCAAAAGAAGUUGGCAACUGUAAUGUGACUGAAACAGCUAAUGGAGAAUUAAAUAAGGCUAAUGCUGGCCAACAGAAAUCUGCUGAAGGAAUUUCUGAUGAUAAUCGAACAGGAUCAAAGGUUGUUAAUGGUCAAGCUAACGAAAUGGAAACUGUGACAGGGGCAUUGCAAGAUGCUACUGAUCAUGAAAAGCAGAUNAAAAAUAGUUGGGACGACAAGGGGACUCUGGCUCAGGGAACUGCUGUUGCACCUGUUAAACCAGUGGACAAAGCAGCAAUAGAAUGUGUUGAAGGUUUUGGUCAAUUCAGGACCGCUUCUAAGUCCCCUUCAGUUACUGGACAGGACAAGGUUGGUACUGGUGCUUUGCAAGCUGCAGCUAAUGCUCGAGCAACCAAUGCCAAGAACCAUGCAACUAAUGGUUCUUUGGUCACAUUAAAUACCUCUGUAUUUGAUGUUCCAUCACAAUCAGUUGAAACCUACGACGACUUUGAAGGUGAAGCUGGGCAGAUUUUUCUGUCAACUGGAAACAAUGAUGAAUUUAUCCAAGCAAAAGUGAUCAAAUCUAAAUUUUGGUUACAACAACGUGAAGAGGAUGACGAAUACGAGGGUUGGGGUGAUGGUCAUGCAGGGUUUUCAUCUGAAGAGGCUGAUCAGGAGGUCGAUCAAGAGAGUGCAGGUGAAGAUCUUGACUGUCUAGCAAUGGCAAAAUAUGAUGAGGGACCAGCAGCAAGUCAUAGGAGCAAAUUGAACAUCAACGCUCCAAUAUUUUUGCCCAGAAAUUCUCCAAAUGGAAGCUUGAAGCGAACUGCAACAACACAUACAAAGCAGUUAGUCCCAGCUGAAACUGAUCAAAUAGCUGCUACAAUAAAAUCUGGGCAGCAGCAUAUUGUAACAGAUAAUCCAAUCUUCGAUGCAAUGGAGCAGCAGCUUAAUCAAAAUGAUCCAGUUAUUAAACCUACUGCUGAUCGCACAUCAACAGUAACAACAAUUUCUGGGCAACAACAAAUUGUGACAACCACUCCUACUAUUACACCAGCGGAAAGAAAGCUAUUGGAUGCAAUGGUAAGCUCAAAGCCUGCUAGCUCAUUAAAUCUUACUGCUUUAAGCACUGGUCGAGUGAAUUAUAGCAGGAACAAAAUGCAAAGCAUAUUACAACACAAAAACAAGGCAGCGUUGGUUAAUAAACAGGAUGGAAACAGUGUGGUAAUUCAAGAACAUGUUCAAGACUUGCAAAAUCAGGUGCUUGUGGGCAGAGAUACAUAUGAAGAAGGUGAAGAAGAUGAUAUUCUAAAUCAAUGCAGGGCAGAGGCAGCAAGAAAAGGCGACUCCCAAUGA